UAGAAAAACAAGUUAGACCUAGGCGAUCUGGUAUAAAAGAAGUGCUUGUGCUGCGAAUGCUAUCAGUUCAGCAGAUCGUGUGAUAACCCAAAGCAUGAAGCUGUCGUUGAUGUUACUGGGGCUGCUAGUCCUGGCCACGAAUGCUCUAAGCCAGGAGUCAGCCUCUCCAACGAAAGUUGGCGAUACCAACGAAAUACCGGCAGGUGUCAUAAUCACCCAAGCACAGCCCAUCCAGGAACCAGCACAGACGGAAGAUAAGAAACUAAAUAAGCGUAGCUAUGGGUGGGGACCCUGGGAUUGGCCCGGAUAUAGUCACGGAUGGCCCUGGUACGUAUCCUCCUUUCUUCAGAACAUCUUUAAAACGCUGAACAACACUUUUUCUAUAGCGCCCGGAUGGAGUCACGGCUGGGGUCACGGAGGAUGGAGUGGCCACGGAGGUCACGGAGGUCACGGAGGUCACGGAGGGUAUGGUGGUCACGGAGGUGGUUGGCACGGGGGUUGGUACGGUGGUCACGGUUGGCCGUGGUGGUAUGGCGGGCAUGGCGGUGGCUGGCACGGGAAAUGGUAGACUAUUUGUUCUUUUCAUCUUCCACACGGUGGCCAAUAAGGCGGAGCGGACGAUGCCCCCGACGAAGGUCGCUGACAAUGAGCUCGUGAAUUUGAGGUCACUCUCUCACCCCGAGAAAGUGCGAUUCAAUGCGUCCCGUUAAACGCGGAGAAUAGUUAUCACCGUAACAUCGACGCGAGCCAUUUCCUGGUACACUCAACUAUUCAUCACCACGAUCCAGCUACCGUACAUUUAUCAUUUUACAUCAAUACUUGCGGCAAUUUUCAAUCAUCGUCACUUACAAUUAGUUUUUAUUUUUGUAUUAUGAUUAUUAUCAUUAUUCGUUGUUUAUCUUCGCAUUUUCAUGCUCGGUGUUAGAUUCGUUGUUUUUAACUAACUGUAUACUUGUAUCUACUCGGACAAUAAACUAAGCGAAUA